UGAGGCCCCUGAUUUUUUAAAAAGCAUUUUUGUUUUGCUCGCCGUCAUGUCUGCUCGGUGGAGGCUCCACGUUGUGGUUUCUCGCAGCUAAAGUGCCCGCCCCUCCGUGUGCCCCACAGGCUGCCAGCCGGCAGCACGCCCACCGCACCGAGCGGACCCUGCCGUCCGUAACCGAGAAGAUGGCUGAGCGGCAACAACAGAAGCACGAAGGCAGGGUAAAAAUCGGCCAUUACAUCCUCGGCGACACGCUCGGAGUAGGGACAUUCGGCAAAGUAAAGAUUGGUGAGCAUCAGUUGACAGGACAUAAAGUGGCUGUGAAGAUCCUGAACAGGCAGAAGAUCCGCAGUCUCGAUGUUGUGGGGAAGAUCAAGCGAGAGAUUCAGAAUCUCAAGCUGUUCCGACACCCACACAUCAUCAAGCUCUACCAAGUGAUUAGCACACCAACAGAUUUCUUCAUGGUCAUGGAGUAUGUAUCAGGAGGUGAGCUGUUUGACUACAUCUGCAAAAAUGGACGGGUGGAGGAUGCAGAGGCUCGCCGACUUUUCCAGCAGAUUAUCUCAGCUGUUGAUUACUGUCACAGGCACAUGGUGGUCCACAGAGAUCUCAAACCUGAGAACGUCUUGCUUGAUGCCAACAAGAACGCCAAGAUUGCCGACUUUGGACUUUCAAACAUGAUGUCAGAUGGAGAAUUCCUUCGAACGAGCUGCGGUUCACCAAACUAUGCAGCUCCAGAGGUCAUCUCAGGAAGGCUGUACGCAGGCCCAGAGGUGGACAUCUGGAGCAGUGGGGUGAUUCUGUACGCCCUGCUGUGUGGCACUCUGCCCUUUGAUGACGAGCAUGUUCCCACGCUGUUUAAGAAGAUCAGAGGAGGGGUUUUCUACAUCCCAGAGUACCUGAACCACUCUGUGGCCACGUUGUUAAUGCUCAUGCUGCAGGUGGAUCCACUUAAAAGAGCCACUAUCAAAGACAUCAGGCUCCCUCCAGGACCAGAAUGAAUCAGAGGUAGAAACCAGCGCCUUGAAAGACCAGUUAUGAGUCAUCAUACCUGAAUUUCUCCCCAUCUGAGCCCGAAGACAACAGCAGAUGAUGGAACACCCUGCGCUCAGAACACCAAGCUCGCUGCCCUUGUUCACAAUGAGGCUGUUUUUACCAGACACAUAAUUACAGCCCAUCACUCCAUCUGCCGUAUGGACAACCCGACUGGAGACUCGCCUGUUAUACUAGAAGACUUCUCCUACUCAGUGUAGAGGAGUGUUCAGGGGUCCAACUGUGGCUUCACCAAUAAGGACGCAGUACACGAUGCUAAUAUUAUCAGAUAAAAUGAGACUGAAACAAAAAAUUAAUUUCUACUGCAGAAAAAAAGGAAUACAAACAAACAAACAAAAAAAACCCAACCUACAUUAAAGUCCAUGCUCAAUAAUCCCGGUAAAAAAAUCCAACAAAAGUUAAGUCAGGUCCUCUGGAU